AUGGCGGCGCAAAUCUCGACCAUCGCCGAAUCGAAAGAGGUGCGCGGCCUCAACCUCAUCGCCGCCCAUUCCCAUGUUCGUGGCCUGGGUGUACAGCCAGACACUCUGGCACCAAAGCCCGCUGCUGAGGGCUUGGUCGGUCAACAGAAGGCUCGCAAGGCAGCUGCCGUCAUUCUCCAAAUGGCUCGUGAGGGCAAGAUUGCAGGCAGAGCUGUCCUCAUUGCUGGUCCGCCAUCCACCGGCAAGACAGCCAUCGCCAUUGGUAUGAGUAAGGGAUUGGGCGAGGACGUGCCAUUUACCAUGCUGGCUAGUAGCGAGAUCUUCUCGCUAGAGAUGAGCAAGACCGAGGCCUUGGAGCAGGCUUUCCGCAAGAGCAUAGGAGUUCGUAUCAAAGAAGAGUCGGAAGUCAUUGAGGGAGAGGUUGUCGAGAUCCAAAUCGAUCGCAGUGUCACAGGCGGCAACAAGCAGGGAAAGCUCACCAUCAAGACAACCGACAUGGAGACUCUGUACGACAUGGGCACCAAGAUGAUCGACAGCAUGACCAAGGAAAAGGUCCAGGCUGGCGACAUCAUCUCUAUCGACAAGGCUUCUGGUCGCAUCACUAAGCUUGGACGCUCCUACACACGCUCGCGCGACUACGACGCCAUGGGCCCCGAUACCAAAUUUGUGCAAUGUCCUGACGGCGAGCUUCAGGUGCGUCGUGAAGUCGUUCACACCGUGUCCCUCCACGAGAUUGAUGUCAUCAACUCGCGAACCCAGGGCUUCUUGGCUCUGUUCAGUGGUGAUACUGGUGAGAUCAGAUCCGAGGUUCGUGAGCAAAUCAACACAAAGGUUGCCGAGUGGAGAGAAGAGGGCAAGGCCGAGAUUGUCCCUGGUGUCUUGUUCAUCGACGAAGUACACAUGCUCGAUGCAGAGUGCUUCUCUUUCAUAAACCGUGCUCUUGAGGAUGAAUUGGCACCCAUCGUCAUCAUGGCCAGCAACCGUGGUCAAACACGCAUCCGCGGUACCAGCCACGUAAGCCCUCAUGGUCUGCCUUUGGACUUCCUGGACCGUCUUGUCAUCAUCAGCACCCAAGCAUAUUCACCCGACGAGAUCAGAGAAAUCCUGAGCAUUCGCGCACAAGAAGAAGAGGUGGAUGUGUCAGCCGAUGCUCUUGCUCUUCUUACCAAGAUCGGCCAAGAGACUGGUCUGAGAUAUGCCAGCAACCUCAUCACUACUUCACAUCUACUGGCACAAAAGCGCAAGGCAAGGGAGAUCGAAGUCGCCGAUGUCCAGAGGAGUUUCGAACUGUUCUACGACCCCAAUCGCAGCAUGAAGUUUGUUUCCGAAUUCGAAAAGAGAUUCAUCGGUGACGAAGGUGGUGUUGAGUUGGGCGGCAUGAACGGCAACCCCGACGCUAUGGAGAUCACUGCCUAG